UUAAUUCAUUGCCUCCAAUAUUACAUCCAUUAUUAAAUUAUUUUGAAGACACGUAUGUCGGCAGACAUCGUCCGCAAGGACGAUCGAAUCCUUUAUUCAAAAUCGAAUUAUGGAACAUGCAUCAAAGAACAACUGAUCUUUUAAUGCGUACCAACAAUUCAGCUGAGGCAUGGCAUCGUCGUCUAAGUUCAGUUACUCAGUGUCAACAUCCCACUCUUUGGCUUUUUAUUAAAAAUUUAAAAACUGAAGAGCACUACAUUUACUGCCAAUUAAUUAAGUUGAAUGCUGGAGAAAAGAUCCAGUCAAACAAAAAAUAUCUUAACUAUAGUGUUCGAUUACGUAAUUUAAUUCAACAUCCACUUCCAUCUAUUCUACAACAAUUAGAUGGACUUGCUCAUAAUUUAUGA